AUGGACGAAUCGCAGCUUCCGGGAGGCCCGGAUGACAAAGGCCACGCGGCAGUACCACAAGACUUGACCACGGACCACCUGGCAGUGGGCGGUGAGACCGGUAACGGUCCCGCCCCGUCCAGCCCGUCCAAAGGGGGUCACGCCAACGGGCGGCCUCGUUCGCGUUCCAACUCUCCAAGGCCUUCACUCAACUCCCCGCGACCGUCAAUCGGCCGCCGCCCCAGUGCCGUCGUAGAGGGUACGGAGGGCCCCACCGGUGAGUCGAAACCUCGAGACUUCCUGAUGUUGGCCAUCCUGUCCUGCUUCUGCCCACUGUGGCCCAUCAACAUCGUGGCCCUCACCUUCUCCGUCAUGUCUCGUAACAGCCUGCAGCAGGGGAACGUGGACGGGGCCCGCCGCUUGGGCCGCAAUGCCAUGGUGCUGUCGGUGGUAGCCAUCUUGGGAGGCAUCGCCGUCAUCGCCGCCGCCAUCACACUCAACCGCGAACCAUGUGCCCGACAUUCUACCGUCGACGCGGAGACCGACGGGGAAACGUCUGCUGCAUGA